AUGUCGUACUCAUCUCAACGAUACGAUCUUGACGCUGCAGCCGCUAGGAAGCGAAUUCAGUCCUUCUCACGGUCUCGCGACCACAGGUACAAUGAUCAGCCUUAUAGAAGUCAUGCCCGUGAUGACUACUAUCGCGCACCAACGGUGUCGCGCACACCCUCUUAUGCGAAGAGGGACAACCGUUCUUACAUGAGGAGAGAAGAACAACAUCGAUCUCCUAGAGAUACCCGAACAAAGGAGGAGGGCCGAUCUUACACAGAUCGCAGAGGAAGAGGAGAUCGCUCGUCAAGUCACAGAGAAGCGCCUUCAAGCAGGGAAGGUCGUCGUGAUGGGAGAGCAAAUGAGCGCCCUCAAUCCACACGAGAUGCCAAUGCCAAGAGACAAAGCCGUCCUGGCACUGAGAGAAGACAGCAUGUUCAUUCAGACCAAGUUCAUUCCGACACGGUUCGCUCUGGGAAGAGGACAGGUUCGAGAAGAGAGAGCCAAGAUGGUCAGGAGACCAAACCUCACUCCAAAAAGGAAGAUACUUCUCAUCGGGAAGGUGAGUACUCUCGUCCAGCCCCCGAAGAGAUCAACGCUUUCCUCAACAGCGGUCGGGCGUCAAAACCCACCUGGGGAUCCUCAACAUACGGCACAUAUGUCCUUCCUCUUGAAUCUAGAGGGCAGUAUCGAAACAUGGAUCCCACAAAGUGUACUUGUAAAUGCUGCCCCCACCCAAUUGGCACAGCCCACGAUCACAACCACCACCAGAACCAGGGCCCCGGGAUGUCUUCCAAGCGGGCCGCAGGAUCAAGACGCAGCAAGCGCACAGAAGAGGGCAGAUACCUCAUCCAGGUAGUUGACAAGUCCAGAAGCGCGUUGAACCGAGAGAAUGGUCCUUCGUACACUAUAUCACUCAACCCCAGCGCAUCAUGCGAUCGCAUUGCCUCGUUCUUGGCACCCGAGAAGCGACAUGCCAAGGUUCUCGUGCAUUGGGAUGACGAGAGAGUUCAGAGACUCGACAACGACAUCUCAAUGGAAGAUCUUAUCCGACAUGCCGAGUUUCUCGAAGUCAGACAGAUCAAAAGCGUGCAUUGGGCGGCGUGA